AUGGCUGCAUUGUACCCGAUUUGGUACCUAUUCUUGAUUGGUUAUUUCGUGGCAGUUUCAGUCUCGGCGACGUCGGAGCAAGAAAUUCGGAAUAGAUUUUACGGAAAUUUAGUUAAUUCGUCUUCGCCGGAGACCGGGGAUGGCAGCAUUGCCAAGAUGUUCGAUCGCGUUCUCCAAAAGGAGUUCUCUGACAACGAUCAACCUGAAGGUUCUGAUGGAACCAGCUUUAAUAGCAGUGUAGCUGAUCAGCAAGCAGUAUUAGAGACCGUGGCCAAGAUCACCCAUGAGAGAAAUAAGAAGAAUGACACUCAAGAGGCAAAUGCCACCAGAUCUUUCCAAAUUCAAGAUGUUUUCAAUCUAGAUAACGAGGGUUCUGAUGACACAACGACCAUUAUAGACAAAAAGGAUAAUCAAUAUGUAAUGUCAAAUAAAAAGUCAAAGUAUCCAGUUCUCCAAGUAGAUCUGAGGCUAAUUUCUGAUUUGGUAGUUGUUAUAGUCUCUGCUGCAAUUGGUGGAAUUAUCUUUUCUUGCUUGGGACAGCCGGUUAUUGUUGGCUAUCUUCUUGCUGGAUCAGUCAUUGGGCCUGGGGGUCUUAAAUUUAUCAGUGAAAUGGUGCAGGUUGAGACUUUUGCUCAGUUUGGUGUUGUAUUUCUCCUAUUUGCCUUGGGUCUCGAGUUCUCUUUAGCAAAGCUAAAAGUUGUAGGUCCUGUAGCUGUUCUUGGAGGGCUACUUCAAAUUGCAGUACUUAUGCUUAUGUGUGGAAUUACAGCAUUGCUAUGUGGAGCAAAGUUGUCAGAAGGCAUAUUUGUGGGUUGCUUUCUUUCAAUGUCAUCAACUGCAGUGGUGGUGAAAUUUUUGGUCGAGAAAAAUAUGAACAAUGUGCUUCAUGGUCAAGUAACAAUUGGGACACUUAUUUUCCAGGAUUGUGCUGUUGGGUUGUUAUUUGCUUUACUUCCAGUUCUAGGAGGUAGUAGUGGCAUUUUCUUAGGAAUGGUUUCUAUGGGGAAAUUGCUGCUGACCCUGUCUGUGUAUCUUGCUUGUGCAUCCUUGUUGACUUGGUCAUUUGUGCCACGCUUCUUAAAGCUUAUGAUACAAAUAUCAUCCCAAACGAAUGAACUAUAUCAGCUUGCUGCAGUGGCUUUUUGUCUUUUGUCUGCUUGGUGCAGUGAUAAACUGGGUCUCAGUCUUGAGUUGGGUUCCUUUGUUGCUGGUGUUAUGAUAUCCACCACUGAUUUUGCGCAGCACACCUUGGAUCAGGUUGAACCAAUUCGUAAUCUUUUUGCUGCCCUAUUCCUCUCAAGCAUCGGAAUGCUCAUUCACGUGCAAUUCCUCUGGACACAUGUGGACAUAUUACUCGCCUCAGUUAUACUUGUCAUAGUUGUUAAAACAAUUGUUGCUGCCACAGUUACCAGGAUAUUUGGAUAUAAUGUGCGGACAUCAGUUCUUGUUGGUCUCAUGUUGGCACAAAUUGGAGAGUUUGCUUUUGUACUUUUGAGUCGUGCUUCAAAUCUACAUCUCGUUGAGGGAAAGAUGUAUCUUCUUCUUCUUGGAACAACUGCUUUUAGUCUAGUGACAACUCCUGUCCUAUUCAAACUAAUACCUGCCGCAAUGCAUCUAGGGGUCCUUAUGAACUGGUUUCCAUCAGAAAGCAGUGGCCAGAAUGAGGAGAAGACGUCCGCGAUUGAAACUUACAACAGAUUACUGUGA